AUGGCGGACCUUGUCGACCACUCCCCCCACCAGCCCACCAAAGCCGCCAAAUUGCCCAGCGCCUCCAAUGUGAUCUUGAUCGACAAUUACGACUCGUUUACUUGGAACGUUUACCAAUACCUGGUACUCGAAGGAGCCACCGUCACGGUCUAUCGCAAUGAUCAAGUCACCAUCGAGGACUUGGUCGCAAAGAAACCCACCCAACUAGUUAUCAGUCCUGGCCCGGGCCAUCCCUUAACCGAUGCCGGAAUUAGCAACGCGGCGAUCCAAUACUUCAGCGGAAAGAUUCCAAUCUUUGGUGUAUGCAUGGGUCAGCAAUGUAUGAUCACCUCGUUUGGUGGCAAGGUCGAUGUGACCGGCGAAAUUCUGCACGGAAAGACAUCAGAGUUGAAACAUGACUCCAAGGGUGUGUACCAGGGAUUGCCAGCCUCUCUUGCGGUGACUCGGUACCACUCACUCGCAGGAACACACUCAACCAUUCCGGAUUGCUUGGAAGUGACCUCGCGGGUCGAGUUGGAGGACGGUAGUGGCAAGGAUGUCAUUAUGGGUGUGAGACACAAGGAGUUCGCAGUGGAGGGUGUUCAGUUCCACCCUGAAAGCAUCUUGACACAAUACGGGCGCAAGAUGUUCAGGAACUUCUUGGAGCUCACUUCCGGGACUUGGGAUAAGAAGCAGGGGGCACCCGUUGCUGCCGCUGCACCGGUUGACAAGAAACUGUCCAUUCUGGAGAAGAUUUACGCCCAUCGCAAAGCUGCCGUUGAGGAGCAGAAGAAAAUCCCGGCCCUGAGCCCGGAGGCUCUUCAAGCUGCCUAUAAUUUGAAUAUUGCACCCCCUCAGCUGUCAUUCCCUGCGCGUUUGAGACAGUCAGACUACCCUCUCUCACUCAUGGCGGAGAUCAAGCGUGCAUCACCCUCCAAGGGCAUCAUCUCAGCCGAUGUGUGCGCCCCUGCCCAAGCACGGGAAUAUGCCAAGGCUGGAGCUAGCGUUAUUUCUGUCCUCACAGAGCCGGAAUGGUUCAAGGGCACAAUCGAUGACCUGCGUGCUGUUCGCCAGAGCUUGGAAGGGCUCACUAAUCGACCGGCUGUGCUCCGAAAGGAGUUUGUCUUCGAUGAAUAUCAGAUUCUCGAGGCACGUUUGGCCGGAGCUGAUACAGUUCUGCUGAUUGUGAAGAUGUUGGACAUUGAGCUCUUGACCCGACUGUACCAUUACUCGCGCAGUCUUGGCAUGGAACCUCUGGUCGAGGUCAAUACCCCCGAAGAAAUGAAAAUCGCAGUUGAUCUCGGCUCCCAAGUUAUCGGAGUCAACAACCGCGACUUGACGAGCUUCGAAGUCGAUCUCGGUACUACCAGUCGGCUGAUGGAUCAAGUGCCGGAGAGCACGAUUGUAUGCGCCCUGAGCGGAAUCUCGGGGCCUAAGGACGUGGAAUCAUAUAAGAAAGAAGGCGUCAAGGCCAUUCUUGUUGGGGAGGCUCUGAUGAGGGCGCCUGAUACAUCUGCCUUUGUGGCACACCUUCUCGGUGGUUCUGAUAGAGAGCUUUCUGGUUCACGCCAAGGUUCCCCUUUGGUAAAGAUCUGUGGUACUCGGUCUGAAGAGGCGGCUCUGGCUGCUAUUCAAGCUGGUGCAGAUCUGAUUGGCAUCAUUAUGGUUCAGGGCCGCUCACGACUUGUCCCAGAUGAUGUGGCCCUGCGCAUCUCCCAGGUGGUCAAAUCGACGCCUCGUCCAGCCGGGACAUCACAGGAUUCAACGAAUAAGUCAUUGGAAUGGUUCGACCACUCUGUGAAUACUUUGCGCCACCCGUCUCGCGCUCUGCUCGUGGGCGUGUUUAUGAACCAACCACUGUCAUAUGUUCUUUCUCAGCAGCAAAAGUUGGGUCUCGAUGUUGUACAACUGCACGGGUCUGAGCCAUUGGAGUGGUCUAGUCUGAUUCCAGUUCCUGUCAUUCGCAAAUUCGCCCCUGGUGACAUUGGCAUUGCACGCAGAGCAUACCACACUCUGCCAUUGCUGGACUCCGGUGCUGGAGGUUCUGGCGAGCUUCUGGAAGAGUCUGGUGUGAAGAAGGUCCUCGAUAGUGAUGAGGGAUUGCGGGUUAUUCUUGCUGGAGGAUUGAACCCGGACAACGUGGUCGACACAGUGAAAAAGCUCGGUCAAUCGGGCCAAAAGGUGGUCGGGUUGGACGUCAGCUCAGGGGUGGAGACAAACGGCGCGCAAGAUCUCGAGAAGAUCCGCGCUUUCGUCAAGGCUGCGAAAAGCAUUCGGCAAUGA